AUGGCGGCGGACAUAAGUCACCCGCCCAUGGAACAGCUUCAAGACCUUGAGUACUGCAUAGACUCCAAUCCUCCCUGGAGUAUGCCCUCUCUCUCUCUCUCUCUCUCUCUCUCUCUCCUCCUCUGCGUGCAUGCUAAUGCUACUCCUACCUUAACGUAUUCGCUCUCACGUUCACGUCAUCAUAUCCAUUGGAGCCGUAGUGGUUGAUCCUGUCACCGAGUUCUUCUCGUCGCAUGGGAAAAUGCUGCUGCUUUCUCAUCGGUCUCUCCCGCAAGGGAAGGGACCAUCCCAUUGUCUUCAGUGAUUUCCAAACUGCUGCAGAGAUCACAAGUGGCCGCCAUGUUAUUUCUUCCAUCUCCGUCGAAGAACGUUGCAGAGAUCACAAAUCGGCUUAUCUCCAUGGGCAUGAUAAUCUUCUAUAUUGUCUUGUGCUUUCACCCGAUUUGUGGGUAACCUUGAGAUGCACUGCACUCGCUCUAUUUCUAGGCACGAUUUGCUUAGGGGAUGGUCUUCUCCAAGAGCUACUGCUUCCAGUGCUUUUCCUCAGUGGCAGGAACAGACAAAUGAGCUUUUCCUGCAUUUAGCAUGUUCUUCAUGAACUUCUGACAUCUGUAUGUCGGCAAGGGGAUCAAAUUCUGUCUGGAUGUGAGAAAGAAAUGUGAUCACAUGCUUGUAAGAGGUAGAGACUGACAUGACCAGGUCUUGGGGAUGCCUCAUUAGCCUAUGGGCAUUCUCUGACAGUUCCUUGACCCGUGCACCCAGCAUUGCCCUUGUUGUUUUGCUUCCUGUUCCUCUGUUAAGGGGGGUGCGCUGUGGACAUUCUUUCUCUUGGGAGUGAGAGUGUUCGUGAUUUAUACUGUAUAGAAAUUUUCUGUUACGUCUUUCUUGCCGUUCUAAGGCAUCCUUUGCAUCUUAUGUCUGUCGUCCUUUUGGGUCCAUAGCUGUUGACCUCUUUUUUCUUUCAACCAUGCUGAUCUUCCAGCAGCUCGCUCGCACAUUCUUUUCUACGCGAAUAAAGUCACAGAGUUUUUGUAUUUACAUCAGGUUCAGGUCGGUCGUAUGUUAGAUUCUUGAAGUACAGAAAUGAGCAGUCCACUUACUCCAGAAAAAUCUCUGCAAUUUCUCUCUAUAUCCCAAGUUUCUGGAAAUUCACCGAAAGUAAUCACCCAAAGUAGCUAUUUUUAGCAAUCAUGUGAUGUUGAUUUUGUUCAAUUCUUAAAAUUUCAGCAAGUUAUUGGCUACCUAAUAUUAGUGCUUACUUAGAAGAAACGUUUCAGAUUUGAGAAGGUUAGCAUAUAAGAUAUCACUUAUUUCCGUGUAUUCAUUUCUUAUUCUGACAAGGUUACCAUACCUUGAGCAUUGAUAUGACUAAAUUCAUUUUAUAAUGAAUCGCUGGUCCAACCCUAUGAAAUUCUGUGGUGGAUGUGGGUGAAACUUCCGUUUUUGUUCUUCGUUUUUCAUUCGUUUAUUUUCAUAUAAAUCUGUUUGACCUUUUCAAGAUAAAAAACCUGCUUCAGCUGAAGAUGGACAGGACUAGGGAGAGGGAGCAUGAGUACCGAGUGCUAUUAUUGGUAUUAAUGUUGGACAUGUAUUUCAAUUAACGCAUGCGUCCCAAGCCAUACAUCUGCCUGGUGCAUCCGAACCAAGCACCGACAGAUGUGUGGCACAAGAUUGUCUCGUUGUGAGUUGAAUGGAUAUCUGUGAAAAGCAAUAUAUCGACUGUAACUCGCUGAAAAAGUGUUGGAUGGCCUUUCUCAGAGGAUUAGUGGAAUAAUGGUACCACAUCGGGGCUCAGAUGUUAUUUUCUUUUGCGUGGGAGAGUGCUGUUUUGAAUGCUGGCUUCAGCUAGAUUCCUCUUCCUCUUUUGGGAUGCUUUCUUUACUGUUCUAGUGUAAUGUGUUUGAUCACAUGGUAUGUUUGCAGAAGGGGAUGCUGUCACUUUCUCAACCUCUAUAUGUGGCUAUAAGAUCUCGGUUGUAGAUCACUUUCGCAACCUUUUUUUUUAGAUCCUACCUUGCUUCGUUUUUUUUUUUUCUUCUGAGACUUGAUGUUUUUUGCAAUUUAGAACUGGGAAAUUGCUCUCUGCCCGUUUCUCCUCUGUUUUUCUUUUUCAAGAUUUUUACCUCUAGGUCUUGGUUUCUCCAUCACUAUUUUUCUGAAUGUAAAGCUGAAUAUGCUUCUCGUCCAAGAACAAUGAGACAGUAAUUAUUAAAGUAAAAGCUGUCAGUAAAAAACGAGGUAGUGAUUGCCUCGGUGCAUGAAUAGGUGCUCUUUUCAAGACUAACUUGUGGUUGGCAGAUGAUACUUUUUGAGGCCAACGAAAAGAUACAGGCUGACAGCUCUGCUGGCUGAACACGUGGGUCUUGCAUACUCUGUUUAAGUCAUUGCCCUUAUCUCGAUGCUUAUACACAUGUGUAGUUAUGGUGAAAAGGGAAAGAAUAAUUUAUUCUUAGAGGUCUAGUUGGUGAUGAUUGUAACUUAUUGCGCUUGAAAUUGCGUUUUAUCUAGUGCUAUUAAAUGCUGUUUUUCCUGGGAUUUGGGAGCAUGUAGCCAUCAUCUAACUAAUAUCUGUUCUUUCUUGGCCGUCAUACUUUUUUUAUAUUCUGCUUUUUCUUUCCACCAUCAGGGAAAUUACCUUAUUGGACUUAAUUGGGAAGCUACCGUUCCCAAUUUAUGUAAUUUUUUUGGCAGAUCACUCGACAUGUAAUGUGUGGUAUCUGAAGAAUAAACAUGCAGACGUACAUAAAAUGACUUCCUGUUUUUCCUCUAUAUGGACAAUUCUUCGUCAGAUUCGAUUGCAUUAUUUGUCUCCGUUGUAACAAUUCUUGGUCCCUAGGCAUUGAUCUAUGUUUGAUUUUAUUUUACCCACCUUACGCCCUACAGUGGAUGCUCACAUUAGUCUUGGUAGAACCAUGUGAAGGUCAAUCCAGGCAUCAGGUGGUUUCAGUAUCCUAACUUUAUGUUCAUCUGGAUCUGUAGAAUUUAUAUUAUUGAAUGAAUAUCCAACAGGAUGUGCUUACUUGCUUCGAGCAUAUUUUCGUUCCUUCUUGAAAGAGAAAAUUCUGAAAAGAAUUUACACAUAUCUGGCCAUGUUUUCUGGUCUAGUUUUCGUGCAGUGAAAUGAUCUUCUGGAGUAUUGUGUGAUCCUCUUCUGGGAAAUUAUAUCCUGUGAUGGAAUAUGGCAUUUUGAUGUGACGAUUCCAUACAUAUAGGAGAUGGUUGUAUGCAUCAAUUUUAAAUAUCAGAGUGCAGUUAUUUGAUCCUCUUUAUGGCAUAUAAUUGACCCCAUGGUAAUUUUGGUAGGCUUCUGGAUACUCUGCCAAAUGGGUGUCCAGGUUGGGUCUGACCUUAACAUUCAAUGAGGCCGGAUUUUGAAGCCCAAGCCCUGGAACUACCGGCUGGGCUUGCCUAUCCCAUUAACACUUAUAAUAUCUACCAUAUUAACAUAAAAGACGAGUAUCUAAGACUUCAUUAUUUUAAAUAUAUUAUAAUUCAAAUGGGGUAUAAUGCGAAGAGUAUCUUGGAAGGUCUUGUUUCUUGUGUUGAUGCUGUACUUCUUAUGGGCUGUACCCACUUGCUUCUGUUGCCAUUUUUUAAAAUUUGGUUGAGCUGCUCAUUUUUGUUCCUUAAUUUCUUUGUGAAAUUCACAUGUUUGUCCGUAAGUUUACAUAUUAUUGUGAAAUUCAUCUUUAAUUUUCUCCUUGCUGGCUGAGGAGGUAUCUGUUCCUUGCUCAUGUUUUAUGCAUAUUCCAUUAUCCAAAUCUUUGUUAAUUUUCGCAAUUUCUUGUGCUUAUUUAUUUUCAGUUUCGUAUCUACCCUUACAUAUUAUUGUGAACUUCAGCUUGAAUUUGCUCCUCGUUGCUUGAGUACCUAUCUAGUCUUUUGAUCAAGUUUUCAUGUGCUUGAUUUUUUUUAAUUUUUUUUCAUGCAGUUGAAACUAUCUUAUUGGCAUUCCAAAAUUACAUCUUAAUGCUUGGGACAACAGUUAUGAUUCCUUCGAUGCUUGUACCGAUGAUGGGUGGCACUGAUGUAAGCCUAAACCAUCGCACUUAGCAAAGACCGUCAUUACAAUAUUGUGAAGUUUCUUGCCUAACUUCUAUCUAUUCUGUCCUUUUGAUGCUUAUUCACAUAAUAUAGGGUGACAAGGCAAGAGUCAUACAAACACUGUUGUUUGUAUCUGGGAUAAAUACUCUCCUUCAAGCAUUAUUUGGAACACGCUUGCCAACUGUCGUAGGGGGUUCGUUUUCAUAUGUUAUCCCCAUCCUUCACAUCAUACGGGAUUCCUCACUGUUGCGGAUCUCUGAUCCACAUGAGGUAUGUUCUUGAAUUUUUUUUUUUCUUUUUUUUUUGUCAUCCUAUUGUGAUGCAACUGUCAAGGAAGUGAGAUUUGCUCAAAUUUGUUAAAUAUGCAGCGGUUUAUACAAACUAUGCGUGCAAUUCAAGGGGCACUAAUAGUAGCCUCUAGUUUACAAAUCAUUCUUGGUUACAGCCAGUUAUGGGGAAUAUUUUCAAGGUAUCUUUUAGUUGAAUUCAUUCUCGUUAAAUUAUAUUGAUUCACAUGACCUCUAAUCAAAUUUAAUUUUUUUAUGGGAAGACUAUAGGUUUUUUAGUCCACUGGGUGUGGCACCUGUGAUUGCGUUGGUUGGUUUGGGGCUGUUUGAACGAGGCUUUCCUGCAGUAAGUCAGUUACUGUUGGACACGCUAUAAUUAAGAUUAAGCACACUUCUUCUAAAAGCAUAUGUGCUGCCAUUCUUUGUACUUAGGUGGGUAAUUGUGUAGAAAUUGGGAUACCAAUGCUCCUAUUGACAAUUGGUUUGUCACAGGUAUGCAGUUUGCUUUUUUUCCCCCCCAAGAAAAAAAGAAAUAAAUUAUUCGAGAUAAUUGCCUUCCUGAAGAACGUCUUUAGUACUCACAGCAACUUACUAUUUCUAAAAUGCAGUAUUUGAAGCACCGUAGGCCACUUAAAGAGAUUCCAAUUUUUGAGCGCUUUCCAGUUCUCAUCAGCGUUUCUAUUAUUUGGAUAUAUGCCAUUAUUUUAACAGCUGGAGGUGCAUACAAGCAUAGAUCUGAAAGAACUCAAGAUAGUUGCCGUACAGACCGAGCUAAUCUCAUCUCUUCUGCUCCUUGGUAUGUAAAGCUUCUGCUGAUAUGGUGUGUUUGAUCGGAAGUGUCCGUCAAUCUUAUAUAGAUCAUGUUUCCUUUUCCCUAGGUUCAAGUUUCCAUAUCCUUUGCAAUGGGGUCCUCCAACAUUUGAUGCUGGUCAUAGUGUUGCUAUGAUGGCAGCUGUCCUGGUUUCACUUGUAGAGGUAUUCCCCAACAUUUCUUCAUUGAUGCAUGCGACUUUUUGGCUUUGAUUGGGAUACGAGUACAUUUUUGUUUCUUAGUACAUCAUCAUGGCAUUCAUAUCCUCUCUUGACAUGCCCAUCUGCCCAUCCAUAGCUACUGAGUGUUUUCUUUGUUGGCGCCAAUCAGUAGCUCCCUGCCUUUGCCCUUUCUGUGUAUGCAGUCAACAGGUGCAUACAAGGCAGCAUCUCGACUGGCUAUUGCAACACCUCCACCUGCGUAUGUCCUGAGUAGAGGUAUUGGCUGGCAGGUAAACUCUGAAAUUAAUCUAAAAAUAAUAAUAUUGGUUGAUGCACUUUUGUAUCGUAUUUCUAUUCUGGUCUGUUUUUCUUGCUGCUAUACUACUUUUGCCAUCUAUGACUGGGUCACUGUACAACAGAAGUUAGCUUAGCUACCUGGAAAUCAUCUUAAGCAGCCACUAUACUAUGGCAUAUUCUUCAGGCGACAGAUAUGCUUGUUCUUCUCUUGUUAUCUUAGGAAUAUGCCGAGUCAGUAUUGAGAUAGAAAGAUAAUUAAAAGUAAAAACAAGAAAAAGGAGAAGAUCGUUGUUUUCCGGUUAUAAGAUUUGGUUUUCAGUUUCUUUGUUGAAAGAGAAGUUGACAUUUACAGACGAGAAUGCCAUUUUUGGCUCUACUAAAGGUUAGGUGGUGAUCUGGGCCUAAGAUCAUGCAUGAUAUGAUCUGUUCCACUGGUUAGGAGCUUCACUUUUCUAGGAAGAUAUCCUGCCUGUACUAUGAAAAUCACGUCAUGAUGAAAAGUUGAUGGACGUUUUGCUUUAAGAUAGGGUUGUCAAUUUUUAGAUGACAGAUAUUUUGUAGUUCGUAUUUUUCACUUUUGUAGCUUAUUCCAAAUAUCAGCUGUUGAGUAUUAACUGGUGAAAAAAGCACAUUUAUUUUUGUUGUUCAUCCAAUUGCUGCAUUUGCAGGGAAUAGGUGUUUUGCUCGAUGGCCUUUUCGGUACAGUCUCAGGUUCUACAGUCUCUGUGUAAGGACCAUCGUCUCCACAGAGGUUCCCUCAUGCCUUUUUUUAGCAACCUAUAUAGGAUGAUUCUGACAUGGGUUUUUCGAAUUUCAGAGAAAAUGUUGGGCUUCUUGGGAUAACUCGAGUCGGCAGCCGAAGAGUCGUUCAGCUCUCAGCUGGCUUCAUGAUCUUCUUCUCCAUCUUGGGUCUGGGUUUCUCAAUGUGGUGCUUCACAAUUUCUGUGGCACCUUAUGCUCCACUCUCACUCGAAGUGCUCCUUUCUUGCAGGCAAAUUUGGGGCGAUUUUUGCAUCAAUUCCGUUCCCUAUCUUUGCUGCUUUGUACUGCUUGUUCUUUGGCCUUGUGGGUAAGCAUAUCGAUUGGCUACAGAGGAAACACAUAUCUUUUCUGCCUGCAGUGAUAGCAUCUUCCUGUGAAAUCUUGCAGCAUCUGUUGGCUUAUCCUUCCUUCAGUUCACCAACAUGAACUCAAUGAGAAAUCUCAUCAUCACUGGUCUGUCGCUCUUUCUUGGCAUAUCAGUCCCUCAGUACUUCAAUGAUUCUUUGGUCUCCUCCGGUCACGGCCCAGUUCACACCCGCUCAGGAUGGGUUAGUAUUCUGUUUCAAUUGCAAUUGCCCACCACUCUGUGAAUGGCUAUGUCGAUCAGAAUCUCCUCAGUGCUAAAGGUAUACCUUUGAUUUAUCGGCAGUUCAACGGGUUUCUCAACACGAUCUUCUUGUCGCCACCGACUGUCGGACUGAUUGUGGCCGUCUUCUUGGACAACACCUUGGACGUUGAGAAGAGCAAGAAGGACAGGGGGAUGCCCUGGUGGGUGAAAUUUAGGACCUUCAGAGGAGACAACAGGAACGAAGAGUUCUACUCCCUUCCCUUCAACCUCAACAGGUUCUUCCCACCGACAUAG